AUGGAUUUGGACCGUGGCUGCAAUGAUCCAGAUGAUGCAAUUGUCUGUUCUGUUUCCCAAUAUGCCUCGGCUGUGGAACUUUAUGUGGGACAGCCAUUUGUCUUGCUCCCCUGCGAUUUUCCCACUUUUGAACUGGACAGCCCCGCAGUGGUGUGGAGUCGCUCCGACCUCAGUCCUCCAACCGUCCACCGUCAGCGCCAGCUUCAAGGAGACGAACUGAAAGAUCAAAACCAGCGUUACAGCGGCCGAACAUCCAUGAAGGCUGACGCUCUGGAAACUGGAGACCUCAACCUCACUUUGACCAACCUCCAACUGUCUGACAGCGGCACCUACACCUGCUCCGUUACAGACCUUAAAUAUGGCAACCGGAAACUGGGAGAUGUACAGCUGCAGGUCAAAGAAUGGUUUCCAUCCUGGCUCAAAGCUCUCAUAGUUAUUCUGGUUCUCGUUCUCAUCACUUCUGGGGGUCUUUUAUUUUAUUUCCGCCAGUAUUUCAUGUCAGUUUACAAGUUGGAGGUGGAUUCAGGGGUGGAGUCUGUCCAGCUGCCUUGCAAAACCAUGGUUUGCCUGCCUAAAUACGCUAAAGUGGAGUGGAAGGACAAAAACAACAAGAAGGUCCACGUGUAUGAGAAUGGCUCCUACCAACCUGAAGAACAGCAUGAUGAUUUUAAAGGCCGAACAAAGAUGAAGAGAAACUUACUGGAACCUGGAGACCUCAGUCUGACCCUGAAACACCCCACAGAUGGAGACAACUCCACCUACACCUGCACCGUCUACAGCAGGGAGAGAAACAUCCUGUCGGAGAAACAAGUGGAGCUGAAAGUCAAAGUCCCCCAGGUGGAGGUGGAUUCAGGGGUGGAGUCUGUCCAGCUGCCCUUCAACACCACACUUCACCUGCCUGAAGAUGUUAAAGUGGAGUGGAUGGACAACUAUAGGAAGGUCCACGUGUAUGAGAACGACCCUGACCAGCAUGAAGAACAGCACCAGGUUUACAGAGACCGAACGAAGAUGAAUGAAGACCUGCUGAAAACUGGAGACCUCAGUCUGACCCUGAACUACCCCACAGACUACAACACAGACACCUACACCUGCACCGUCUACAGCAGGGAGGGAAACAUCCUGCUGAAGAGAAAAGUGGAGCUGAAAGUCAGAGUCUGUCAGGUCGAGGUGGAGGAUGGGGCAGAGUCCAUCCAGCUGCCCUUUAGUACCUCAAAAAACCUGCCUGAAGAUUCUAAAGUGGAGUGGUUGGACAAUUACAGGAAGGUCCACGUGUAUAUGAACGGCUCUGACCAGCCUGAAGAACAGCAUCAGGUUUACAAAGACCGAACGAAGGUGAACGAAGACCUGCUGAGAACUGGAGACCUCAGUCUGACCCUGAAACAGCCCAGAGAGGCAGACAGUGGAGGAUACAGAUGUUUAGUCUGGAGAAAGGAAACGUUAAUCAGAAAGAAAAUAGUGGUGCUCAAAGUCAAAGGAACAUGA